AGCCGUCCAAUCAGCAUCUAGAUCCUGCUUAGCGAGGUUGAAGUCUAUGUUGUCCGAGGAGUUUCACUUAUACAGACCCCAACUUGUCAGAGUACGAGCUGAGUCUUUAACAAGAACACCAUGAACAGCUUAAUUAGAUCCACUGUCAGAUGUUUACGGUCCGGCCCGACCGCGUGCUUACUCAGGCCAGCCGAUGGACUUGUGCGGGCGGCCUCGGCCCGGUUCUUGUGCGCGGCGACGGACCUCCAGAAGGACCUUGGUGAGAUGGUAAAGAAGGACAAGGUGGUGGUAUUUAUUAAGGGGACCCCGGGACAGCCCAUGUGUGGCUUCAGCAACGCCGUGGUGCAGAUCCUCCGGAUGCAUGGGGUGGACCACUACGCUUCUUAUAACGUACUGGAGGACCAGGAGCUCAGAGAAGGAGUCAAAGUGUUUUCCAACUGGCCCACCAUCCCUCAGGUGUAUUUCAAUGGCGAGUUCGUGGGAGGCUGCGACAUCCUGCUCCAGAUGCACCAAAACGGAGAUCUGGUGGAGGAGCUAAAGAAGCUCGGCAUCCACUCCGCUCUGCUGGACGCCGAGAAGGAAUCCAAGUAAAAAAACAAAACCAGCAGAGAGAGAGAGAGUGUGUAACACACAUCAAAGGGCUGAGAAGACAGAGGAUACAUUCAUCUGGUCCACACUUCCUCCAACAAACUUCCAACCAUUGGAGAUAAAUCAGCUAUCGAGGCAGCCCGUGGCAGAAUACAGAUUGAAAAUUCUUGCACAAAUUAAAUACAUUUUGCAGCUCGUCUACUGUUAAUAAAUGCUUUAAAGUGAUUAUAAUCAGAGCCUUCCCAGCUUUAAUAUUCCUAUAUUUCUUACCCCAUUUCGCAAAAACAAAUGGUUAAUUCUUUAGGGUAAUAUUGAAGGAACAUAAUUAAAUAUUAAUGUCACCACGGCUUCCUCCCUUGCUGUCUUCAGAAAUCUCUGCUGGCCACGUUUUGUCCCCUCAAUUCAGACUAAUUUUAAUUUAAAAAAUAUUAACGUGACUGCUCCAUACAGAGCUCUGAUCAUUACAAAGCUGCCUGUUAAAAAAUGAUGUCAAGACACUUGAAACCUUCCAGAUGCACUGCCUGUAACUCCACUACACGAGCACAAAGAGGGAUCAGGGCGCAUUAUGAUAAAAAUAAAUAAAUCCAACCUCUUUGCUCUUCUCGCUGUGAUUUACGUACAAAGUCGACCAACUGUGUUUUUACGCUGUCAUGCGCUGAGACGCACCAAACACGCCUCGCCUCUUCUUCUUCUUCUUCCCUGACUGAAUUCCUGCCCUGCUGGACAAACCGAGGCUGUUAGUUUGUUACAUCUAUCUUAGUCCAAGCAGUUGUUUCUGUUGUCGUCGAAGGAAUGGUGUUAUUAUAUUUUAUUUCAGAGCAGUUGUAUAAUGCAAUGAGCAUGUAGUACACUGUAAGAUAUUUUACUUUUAAAGCCUAUUGUUAAAUGUAUUUUCAGAACAUGUUAACCCUGCAACAAUAAAUAUUUUCAGAAGCA